AUGAAUAGUAAGAAAAUAAAAAAAAUUUGCUUUAUAUAUAUACAAAUUAUUAUAUGCUUAUGUUCAAUUUUAAUUAAGUCUAUCAAAAAUGGAAAAUAUAUGAACCAUAAUACUAACAAAGAAAAUAUCUUAAGAAUUACAAAAAAAGGAAUUUUAUUAUAUAGAAAAAAAAAAAUACAAAAAUCUAAACACGAUUCAUUGUUAUAUAUAAAAAAUUAUAAACUAAGAAAUGGGAAAGGCAAAAAUGUUUUAAAGGAUAUCUUUAACCAAUUAGUCGGAAAUCAGUCUCCUGAAAAUUCAAAUAUUGAAUACUAUAACUUAACGCCAAAAUUAAAAAAAACGGUUCAGUUUUUUCAGUCAAUUCCUAAUAACCCGUUUCACAAAAGUCAACAAGUAAUAUUGAUGGGGAAGAAGUGUCCACAUAUGCCCGAAGAAUUAAAAAACAGGGAAAACCAGGUUUUGGGGUGCCAAUCAACAGUGUAUAUCUACCCGAAAGUGGAAUCGUGUGAUGGGAAAAAAAUUAUUGCAUGGCUAGGUGAUUCGGGUACUAUUUAUCGUACUUCUCAAAUUAUGUACGGAUUAUUAACUAAAGGCAUAGUUUAUAUUUUAGUUGAUGGUUUGAGCGGGUAUACCCCAGAAGAAAUAUUAAAGGUAAACCCUAAUUUUAUUACGCUAACUGGUAUUUCGGAAUUUUUAACAAUGAGCAGAAUAAAUGGAUAUUUAAACAUUAUGAACAAAAUAAAGGCAUUUUCCACAAAUAUUAUGAAGAGUAAUGGACGCUGA